AUGGAGCCAGCUGACUUGUUCAUUCCCGUCGAUUCCAUAGAAGAAGAGGCCACCCUGACCUGUGAUUCGAAAGGAACACCACCUCCUCAAUGGUCACUGAAUGGGACUCUCAUAAAUCUGGGCCUGGAUCGUCGUCGACGUCUGUCUGGGGGCAACCUCAUUAUAAGCAGUCUGGACCGCUAUCAGGAUGUGGGGAUGUACCAGUGCAUGGCCUACAACACUGUAGGAGCCAUCCUCAGCAGGAGAGCAAGCCUACAGUUUGCCUACUUAGAUCAUUUCAAAGUUCACACCAGAAGCGCCGUGUCAGUCCGAGAGGGACAAGGAGUCGUGUUACUGUGUGGGACGCCUACUUCCUUCGGAGACCUUACGUAUGCAUGGAUUUUCAACGAGUACCCGUACUUCGUUCAGCAAGACAAUCGGCGGUUCGUUUCGCAGCAGACGGGAAACCUUUACAUUGCCAAGGUGGAGCCCUCUGACGUGGGUAACUACACGUGUGUGGUUAUGAACAGCAUCACGAAGGGCAAAGUUCAGAGCUCACCUACAUCUCUGAUCCUCAGGACAGAUGGAGUGAUGGGUGAAUACGAGCCGAAAAUAGAAGUUAAUUUCCCAGACAAUGUACCUGCUGCAAAAGGAUCAACGGUAACACUGGAGUGUUUUGCCCUUGGGAACCCCGUCCCAGAAAUCACCUGGAGGAGGGCUAACGGGGUCCCCUUCCCCAGCAAAGUCAAAAUGAAGUAUUCAAAUGCCGUGCUGGAGAUCCCCAGCUUCCAGCAGGAUGACACAGGAGGAUACGAAUGUGUUGCUGAGAACAAGAUGGGGAAGAACACGGCUGCCGGUCGGCUGGCUUUUUAUGCCAAGCCUCAGUGGUUUCAGACCAUGAAGGACACAGCCCUGGCCAUAGAGGAGAGACUGUUUUGGGAGUGCCGAGCCAAUGGCAAGCCCAAACCCUCCUACACUUGGCUGAAGAAUGGCCAGCAGCUCCUCUCUGAGGACAGAAUCCACGUUGAGGACGGAAUCCUGUCAGUGUCAGCGCUGACACUGUCUGAUGCUGGCAUGUACCAGUGUGUGGCUGAGAAUAAACACGGCGUCAUAUAUUUUGCUGCUGAGCUAAUGGUUUUAGCGUCUCCUCCAGACUUCACAGGGAACGUCCUCAGAGCUUUACUCAAAGCCAAAGCAGGAACUACUGUGACUUUAGACUGUAAACCUCAGGCCUAUCCCAUUGCCAGCAUUUUAUGGAAGAAAGGAAAUCAACCUAUCCACACUAAUGACAGGAUCACACUUUCUCCAGAUGGAACACUGAGGCUUGCAAAUGUGAGCAAGUCUGAUGCAGGCAGCUACACAUGCUUCGCUAGAAAUAGAUUUGGCACGUCAAGUACAACUGGAAGGCUCCUUGUUACGGAUCCAACCAGAAUUAUCCAGGGUCCGGCCGACAUGGAGAUCAUCGUAGGCGAGAGCAUUGUGUUACCCUGCCAGGUCGACAGUGAUCCCGUCCUUGAUGUUUCCUUCUCCUGGGCCUUCAAUGGACAGCUGAUCACCAAGGGAGAUGGCCACUUUGAGCUCGUGGGCGGAAGAACAGCAGGAGAUCUGAUGAUCAGGAACAUUCAGCUUUACCAUGCUGGUAAAUAUAUCUGUGUGGUGGACACGGACGUGGAGAGCCUGUCAGCCGUUGCUGUAUUGAUUGUGAAAGGCCCCCCCACCCCUCCAGAUUCCGUGACAGUGGAGGAAGUCACAGACAGCACAGCCCAGCUGGCCUGGAGCCCUGGCAGGGACAAUGGAAGCCCCAUCACCAAUUACCUCAUUCAGACCAGAACUCCCUUCACAGUGGGCUGGCAGAGAGUUAACACAGUCCCAGAGAUCAUUUACGGGAACACUUUGACGGCCACUGUGGUGGACCUCAACGCCUGGGUGGAGUAUGAAUUCCGCUUACUGGCCAAAAACAGUGUUGGGGUUGGAGAACCCAGUCCUGUGACUGUCAAGACCAGGACAGAAGACGCAGUUCCAGAUGCAGCACCGGGAGAUGUGGGUGGAGGAGGGGGAAGCAGAUCUGAACUGGUCAUCACAUGGGAGCCUGUGCCUGAAGAACUGCAGAAUGGUGAGAGCUUCGGUUACAUCAUUGCUUUCCGUGCCUUCGGAGAAAUUAGCUGGACUCAUGUGGCCACCUCUGCCCCCGGUGCAUCUCGAUAUGUGUACCGCAACGACAGCAUCGCGCCCUUCUCUCCAUUUCACGUUAAGGUUGGCACUUACAACAGCAAAGGACAGGGUCCGUUCAGCCCGGUGGUCACCAUUUACUCUGCAGAGACAGAGCCAAGUGGAAUGCCAGCAGGAGUUUGGGCUAGAAGUGUCUCCGCCUCUGAGAUUGAGGUGAAUUGGCAGGCUCUCUCUAUCACCCCUGAAAGGGUUCUGGGCUAUGAGGUAGUUUACUGGGAAGAUGACACUAAACCAGAGACCAUGGGGAAAGUUAGGGUGCCUUGGAACCAGACCUCGGCCACAGUGAGCGGCUUGGCAGGAAACACGCAGUAUUUUCUAACAGUUAGCGCCUUCAACACGGCUGGCACCGGCCCUUUCCUUCCUGCGAUCAAUGUUACCACAAAAAAGCCACCACCAGCCCAGCCACCGCUGAAUAUUGAGUGGAGCCUAAUUGGCUCUCAGCUGUCCCUCUACUGGGAACCUGUGGUCGCAAUGGAAUCAGAGUCAGAAGUUGCGGGCUAUCAGCUUUCGUACAGAAGACAGAGACACAAAGAGAUAAACACACUCACAACAACCAAUUCAACAGCAGAGCUGACCCUCGCAGAGGACGAUGACGACUACAUUAUCCGUAUUCAGACUCUGAGUGAAGGAGGACUGGGUCCGGCCUCGGAGCCCAUACGAGUCCACAAACUAAGUAAGCUCAGAGCUGAUGUUUCUAAGCGGCCGUUGUUGAAAAGUUCCAAAAGAAGACAAACCAAAGGAAACUUUGGCUUAUAA